AUGGUGAUAUUUGGUAAUGCUGCUGGCUCUGCAAACCAGGUGAUCCGGAGGGGGCUGUGGGGACUGAUGCUAGUCUUGUCUGUAGCCAUAUACGGCUCUCACGCUCCCCUCCUGACCCUGUGCAAGGUGGACGGGACAAUUCCCUUCAGCUCUGCGUCCGUCGUGGUUCUUGUUGAGCUGACAAAACUGGUGUUCUCCCUCCUGUUCCUGCGGACCUGGGAACGGGAGCUGAUAGGCGUGUCGUGGCGCCACGUUGCCCCCUUCGCCCUCUCUGCCCUGCUCUAUGCUGCCAACAACAACCUGGUGGUUCACAUGCAGCUCUUCAUGGAUCCCAGCACCUACCAGGUCUUGAGUAACUUAAAGAUCGUCAGCACCGCGCUCCUCUACAGCCUCUUCCUGCGCCAAAGACUCAGCGUGCGCAAAUGGCUGGCUCUCUUCCUGCUGGUGGCUGCUGGGGUGAGCUACAGCUGUGGUGGCCUGCAGGACCCUGGCAGCCCCUCCAUGAUGCAGCUGCACAUCACACUGGUGGGCUUGUUGCUGAUCUCAGUGUACUGCUUGAUAUCGGGUUUGUCUGCUGUCUACACGGAAGCCAUCCUGAAAACCCAGGCGCUGCCUCUCAGCCUUCAGAACCUCUUCCUUUACUUCUUUGGGGUCCUGCUCAACUUGAUCGGCUACUUCUGGAACAGCGCAGAGGGCAGUUUCUUGGAGGGCUUCUCCUCCUGGGUGCUAGUGAUUGUGGUCAGCCAGGCCGUGAAUGGCUUGAUCAUGUCAGUGGUCAUGAAGCACAGCACUAACAUCACCAGACUCUUCGUGAUCUCCUGCUCUAUCCUGGUCAACGCCCUCCUGUCCGUCACACUCUUCAACCUGCAGCUCACCCUCCUCUUCUUCGUUGCCGUCUCGUGCAUUGGCCUCGCUGUUCACUUGUACUACGGGGUCACGUAG